AGGAAGGAGCAGGCAAUUUUCAGCCCGUCAAGCUGAUACACACUCCCCACAUUACCAACCACUCACACCAAGGCGUUUCCUCACACACACACACACACACACACACACACACACACACACACACACACACACACACACACACACACACACACACAGUGCCAGGUGGCCUCUGCCCAGAUCAGUAGCUGUGGUAGAAACCAUCUUAACAGACUCAGUGAGGUUUGAGCUGAGGUUUUGGACCCUCCCUUACUGUUCCAGCAUGAGCAGAGUUAGGAGCUAGAGCUUCACUUUCUUCCUCAGUGCAGCGAGACCUCACGCCAGGCACGAGGCUCACCACUCCUCCCCUCUCCCACUCUGCCUUUUCCUGGGCUCCUGUCCAGAGAAUGACUGGCUCCAGUGGACCCAAGAGGAGGAACGCAGCCUGAAGAGACAGUACAGCAGCUCCAGCCCUGCCUGCCUGCCGGAACAGACAAACACAUGCAGUUUUUUAAUUUUAAUUUUAUUUUUUAAUCAAGCAGCUCCUACACCUUUGUGGGAUCCAUAGACUUGAUUUUUAUUUACAUUUUUUUUUAAAUCUUUUAUCAAGUCAGAAAGACUGGAUCUGAGCUUAGGCAUAAAGACAGAUAGAUAAACAAACAGACGUACUGACAUAUGGACAGAGAGCAGUGGGCACUGCGGCGUGAAUGUAGCAACUGGACUUCUCCCUGAUUACUAAGACCAAGGCAGGAUAAUAGCCAGAACACUACCCUGUCCACGGAGGUAGUGGGUGGAUGCAGCUUUCAGCAGGCGGCUAUAGGGGAAAGCAGAGACUGUAUAGAAGCUGCACAGAUACAUCUAGUUGAUCAACAUUGUGGUGAUCAUCAGAAAAUGGAUUGUUACCCUCAUGUAGACUCCUGAUGGAUUGUUAUUCCUGAGACUACCUCUCAUUAAACACUGUUUGCAGGAACUUACUGAGCAAAGACCUGUGGACUUUUUUUUUUCUCUUUUCAUUGACUUUGCUGCUCAUGCUGAGCAGACUUAGAUGCUUUCUGUGUAGAUGAGCGUGAAGCGAGUGUUUCACUGAUGAUGGCAGAGUGCAUGCAGACUGUGUAUCUGACUCUGAUGCUGCUGUAUCUUGUUUUGCUGGGCACGACUCACACAGCCCAAAGCAUCUACCCAAGGAUACGGCUCUCCCACAAAGAGCUCUGGCAGCUUAACAGGACAUGGGUGUUCCAGGGACAUGGAGCGUCUCUUCAGCCCCAGACCAUGCUGCUGGAUGAGGGCCACGAGAGACUUUAUGUUGGAGCCAAGAAUACUCUGUUCUCCCUUAGCCUGGACCGGGUUAACACACACCACAGAGAGAUCCAGUGGGCCAGUACAGAAGCUCAGAUAGAGGAGUGUUUGAUGAAGGGGAGGGAAAAGCCGGAGUGUGCAAACUACAUUAAGGUCUUGCAGCAGUACAACCACACCCAUUUGCUGGUCUGUGGAACAGGAGCGUUUAACCCCAUCUGUGCCCUGGUCAGACUGGGACACACAGGGCAGGGCAGGCUAUUUGCUGUUGAAGAGGACACUAUUACAAGUGGCAGAGGACGCUGUCCGUAUGACCCAAACAGUCCCUGCACUUCCACACUCUCCAGAGGAGAGCUGUAUAUUGGCCUGUACACUGACUACUGGGAGAAUGAUGGCGCUUUGUGUCGACUUAACAACCAAACCUACGCACGCACUGAAAGAGACGACAGGCAGCAGCUCAACGAACCUAAAUUUGUGGGGUCAGCAGUUAUUCCCGACAACGAUGACAGGGAUGAUGACAAAGUUUACUUCUUCUUCACUGAGCGAGAGAUGGAUGCUGAGGGAGCGAACAAGGCGGUAUAUACGCGCGUCGGGCGAGUCUGUGCGAAUGACCAAGGAGGACAGAGGAUGCUGGUGAAUAGAUGGAGCUCCUUCCUGAAAACUCGUCUCAUCUGCUCUGUGGCUGGACCAAAUGGCAUUGAUACACACUUUGAUGAGCUCGAGGACGUGUUUGUGCUCAAGAACAAGGAUGGGAAAAACCCUGAAAUCUUUGGCCUCUUUAGCACAACAAGUGCGGUGUUUAAAGGCUAUGCUGUGUGUGUCUAUCACAUGGAUGACAUCAGAGCAGCCUUUAAUGGUCCGUUUGCAUACCGAGAGAGACCUGAGCAUCACUGGACGCCUUAUGAGGACAGAGUCCCCUACCCCCGACCUGGAUCUUGUGCCAGUAAAGUGAAUGGUGGUGGCUUCUCCAGCUCUAAGGAGUUUCCGGAUGAGGUUUUGCGGUUUGUGCGUUCUCAUCCUGUGAUGUAUCGUCCAGUCCUUCCCCAGCACCGUAGACCUGUCCUGCUGCAGACAGAGCCGGGCAGGAGAAAGCUGACCCAGAUCGCUGUGGACAGAGUCCAAGCUCAGGAUGGACACUACAAUGUUCUGUACAUCGGCACUGAUGACUCAGUGGUGUUGAAAGUUAUCACCAUCUACAACAAAGACACAGACACUAUGGAGGAGGUGCUGCUGGAAGAACUGCAAGUAUUCAAGGUGUCAGCACCAAUAAGAGAGAUCAUUAUAUCACCUAAACGGCAACAGCUCUAUGUUGGGUCGGAAGUAGGUGUGGCCCAGGUCAGACUGCAUCAGUGUGACCUCUAUGGCUCUGAAUGUGCUGAUUGUUGUCUGGCCAGAGACCCCUACUGUGCGUGGGAUGGUCUCACCUGCUCCAGAUACUACCCUGCCGGAGUCUACACCAAGAGCAGACGAUUCAGGCGGCAGGAUAUUCGCCAUGGCAACGCCGUCCAGCUGUGCAAUGGGCUGCAAAUUGAUGAUGAAGGAUCUGAGGAGAGGUUGGUGUACAGUGUUGAGAGUAACAGCACCUUACUGGAGUGUGUCCCUCGAUCACUUCAGGCCAAAGUCCUCUGGUUCUUUCAGGAAGAAGAAAAACACGAGGUUCGAGGUGAUGAGCGGGUUAUCAUGACCUCCCACGGGCUGCUGUUCUUACGUGUGAGAAGCUCAGACGCCGGCGUAUACGUGUGCCAGACUGUGGAACAUGGAUACGUGAACACAUUAUUACGUAUCACUCUACACGUGCUCAGAGGGGAGAGGGUCCAGUCAGCGAUCCACAGGGCUAAUGAUGACGAGGGAGAGAAGGCUGCAGCUCCAUGCCACUCCUCCAUAGGCCCCCCACCAGGCCCCAGCAUCAGCCCCAGGGCUCUGGUGCCAUCAUCAGUCCCAGGCCGCCACUCCAGGCUGUGGUACAAGGAGUUUCUCCAGCUGAUUGGCUACGGGGAUGCCCAGAGAGUAGAAGAGUACUGUGAGAGAGUGUGGUGCACUGAUAAAAAACGUAAAAAGACCAAAAGGAGGUAUGUUCCUCCAGGUGGUGAGAAGAGAGGGAAAGGAAGGGGAGAGGAGAAUUCCAAUAGAGCGCCCAGGCACACCUUGGACACCUGAGGAGAACAGAGACUGACUGCGCAUACACACACGCACGCACGCACACAGUCUAAAGGUCAGACUCACUCAGUGUUUGCACCAUGUAAAAGGUUUUCACUUUGCUUUCAACAAGAGCAGUAACAGAAAAAAAAACAACGAUAGCAGGCUGUCAAGCUACAGUCGCUGCAUUUAUCACUCAACAUUUUGACUGUGUUGUUUCCACUUAUUUUAAAAAGCAACAUUUUGCCUUUUUGCAUGGUAUAAACUGACUAUCUGGUGCAGACCUUGGGUAAAUACUAUGAACGUCGGUGUCAGUACAGUGCCCUGGGAAGAGAUGGAUGACUGAUUAAACAACAUUGCGUCUGAUCUAAAGAGACAGAACAUAAUAUAUCAGCUCCUGUGGACUGACCCAGCCCAACCCAGCUGUCAAUCCAAACGCACACAGCGACUGCUCCACCAAACCUCUGCUCAACCUCUCAUUCAAUUGCUAAAUAUGACAAACUCUUACUGUAUCUAUUGUGAGAGAAAACAACUAUGUUAAAAGUAACAGCCUUCUUAUCUUUUUUUGGUACUAUGAUAACUUAUUUUCUUGGUUUCUACUGAGUUCUGUAGUUGUUUAGAUGUCAUAAACUGGAAAAUAUAGUGUUGUUUUUGUACAGUGAAAAAUGCUUUUAGCUUUAUGAUACUGUUAAUAUGAUUACAAUGUGGUCAUGGCUGUGGUGUGUGUGUGGUUAUGGCCACUAUGCAUACGGUAAGAUGUUGCCAUUCCACUAUUAUGGAUAUCUGAGGCAUGUUUUAAUUAUAAUUAUGCCUUCAAUGAAAAUAAUUACUAUUUAAGCACUUGUAAAACCUGUUACAGUAGAUGAAAGUGGUCCUAUCAGUGGAUAUAAUUGUUAUUGUAAGUGUCCACAUUUACAUCUAAAAUUGUGAUCAAAUGUACAAGCAGUACUGUGUGAAUUGUGUAUUGUAUCUAUAUCUGUAUAUUUGUAUCUAUAAUUCAGGGUGGUCUUAGUGUGCAUAUCUGGUAACUAUAACUGUAUUCAGAAAUUCAUCCUUCAGUGCUGUCUCUUCCCUCCUCUCUCCCUUUCCCUCUUUCUCUUACUUUUCAUCCUUUCCUCCCUCUGUCACCCCUUACUCCCCCGUCAUUCUCACCCCCCUUUUGUUUGUCUGCAGCAGCGUUGCAGAUGACCACCACGAACAGUAAUGUAGAACACCACUUUUCCCUCAGAAGGAAAAGGAUAAGUAAAUGUUAGGGUGACCAUCUAAGCACAUCAUUAGCAAAACUGAUGAUUCAGCCUUAUGAAUAUUCAGUUAAUCUUGAGAUGACAGAAACAUCAAACAAUCUGGUGGUGCAAUGAAAUGCAUUGUGGUGGUUAUGCUAAUAAUGCAGUCUGGAGGAUUGUGUACUUUUGUUAUGUUGUGCCUUAUUUAUCUCUUACUUUUGUCACUUUAUAGUUUUGACCCUCUUGACUUUAUUGUAUUCAUAAUCUGGUGAAAACAAUUGCUCAGUCUUUGUCAAGGCCUUACAUCGUCACUCAUCCCUAUCCUUGAAUAUUAUUCAAGUCAAAAGGCUUGGAUUGACUUGUUGUGCUUGCUACACCUCUUAUAAAUACACAUGCCAUUAAAAAAAUAUGGACCAUC